UAGUCAAUAUAGUGAUGAACUUUGUUAAACUUAAAAAUCACUCUAAUAAAGAAUAAAGAAAAAUAUAAUCAGUAUUCCGGUUGCCUAGCGGCACAGUCUGAUUUUUAUCUACGUGCGCAAAACGUCGCUUAUCUCUACGGCAAAAAUGAACGUCCAGCAAUCAGUUUGCUAUCACCUUUUCAGCAACAGAGACACGAACGUAAAUUGAACGUACGAACGCUUUUAUUCAACUCACUUGAAUUGAAAAUAAAAAUGAGUUUAGUUUAAAAUUUGAAGUUUUCAUAAAAAAAAAUUGGAAACUCCUAGAUAGUAGAGACUAAAUUCUGCCUAAUAUUGUCGGCAUAAGUAUAGUUGAGUGUGUCUCCCUAUUGAUAAUAUUGCUACAGAAGUUAUUACAAACAAUCUUAAUCAAAGAACUGUGAAGUUUGUAUAUCAUACAUUUACAAGUGAAAAUUCAAAAUUCUAAUAUUAAAUGUCAACAUAUUAUGUGGAAUAUGACGACGACCUGUAUUUGGGAUUCCUUACUAAGGAAUUUGAAGCGAGCGAAAGAGUUAUCGAAUCGAGAUCCGAUAUGGUUUACCUACCUAAUUUGAAAGAAAAACUCUUUCCAAAUCUACUGAAUAUUCAAAAGGAAAAUAAAUAUACCGAUAUCACUGUUAUGGUCGAUGAUAAACCGAUUAAAGCUCACAAAAUCAUAUUGGCCAUGCAAAGCCCUGUCUUCGAUGCCAUGCUUAGUUCGAAAAUGCAGGAAAGCCGUAAUAAUCAAAUAAAAAUAGACGAUUUCGACCACAAAGUCGUAAACGAAUUGAUCGCCUAUAUGUACUCGGAUCUUACGCCGAAUUUGGAAAAGCUGGCCCAACCCCUCUUCAGAGCAGCGGAUAAAUACGAUAUGGGCAGAUUGAAAGCCAGAUGUGAGAAGGUUCUAUGCGAUACAAUAUCAACUGAAAACGUGUUGAUACUGCAAGCCUUAGCUGAGAUGCAUAAUGGUGAAGAUUUGAAGAAAAUGACCAACGACUUUAUCACAGCAAAUAUAACCGAGAUACAAAAAACAAAAGACUGGAAUGCUAUUGUUGUCGCGCAAUCAAUCAAAAUGCUUCAGGAAACAAAAAUGCAAGUUAUCACCGAACCAGGCCACACGCCGCAACAAGAACCAUGACCAAUACGCAUAAUUUCAAAACGUAGAUAAGCAUGUAAGCAAUUAUUGAAUUUCUUACAAUCAAAGCAAAUACAAGGCAGUUUAAGUUUGAACUCCAUUCAGAGCAGCCGGUAGUCUAUUUCAAAUAAAAAUUACCGAACGGCCCUGGAUGUAACUCGCAAAAUGUAUAUAAGAAUCAAAUUUUACUUUAUUCUUUCCAAGUCAAUAAAUGUAUUUACUCAAAAAAAGCAAAAUCAAUAGUGUAUCAUUUUCUUGAUGUUGAAAAGACCUCUUGUACAUACAGAACAUACCCCUUUAAAUAUUUUACAGCUAGGUCUUUACUACUUGAUGUUCUUUAACUCUAUACAAUCGAUUUUUCUCAUAAAACGUGAAAUUAAUUUCUUUUCAUCAUGUAGUAUUAUGUUAUAUUGGACGAGGUUAGUUUUAAUACUUCCUGUAUUUCUCGUACUCUAAGAGUACAUAAAGGCUAUAGCAUCACUACAAAAAUGAACUUUUUAUACGAGGUCAGAAGACCCAUAGUGAUAUAUCAAAGAUAACUUGAAGGAACAAGAUGUCCGAGUUCAAUACUUUUCAUAAAUUUACCGGGAGACACUGAAAGCGGUGAUA